AAAAUGCUUAAAAUUACUUUAAUCUUAUUCUCUAUUUUGUAUUUAUGUGAAGCUGAUUUUUGGCCUGAGGCUAGAAAUACGUUAAAAGCACCCAAAAAAGUUGGAGGAAAAUUUGACUGUAAAUACGAUCGUUAUAUCCCUGAUCCGGAAAUUUUUGGCGAUGGAAGUCAACGAGAACGACAGAAACACGUGUUUAUAUUAAAGGAUGGUGCUACUUUAUCUAAUUGUAUAAUUGGUGCAGCGCCUGGCACUCAAGGCUCUGCUGACGGAAUUCAAUGCAUUGGAAAUUGUAAUAUAACCAAUGUUUGGUUUGAGGAUGUUGGGGAAGAUGCCAUUACCUUUUAUGGCACCUCUGGAGAUCCUGUAUACAAUGUUAAAGGUGGUGGUGCUAGACAUGCAGCGGACAAAGUAUUUCAGUUUGAUGGAAAGGGAACAGCAAAUAUUGAAGAUUAUUAUGUAGAGGACUAUGUCCGUCUUUUCCGCUGUUGUGGCAAUUGCAAAACUGAAUAUGAACGUCAUGUAAACAUUCGAAAUUUGACUGCAAUUGAUGGCAUGCCUGGUCAAUUUAUUGUUGGCAUAAAUGAGGGGGACGUUGCCCAUUUACACGAUAUAAAAAUAGAUACAGAAGGUGUUCAUCCAUGCAAACUGUUUAAACCGAAGCGUGGCGGAGAGCCCAAAUCCUUGGGGACUGGAAUUAAUGAAUAUUGUGAUUAUGAGGAGGCUGAAAUUAAUUAUAUUCCUGCGAGGAGUACACAGAAGAAGAAGCAAAAGUGA